AUGGGGUCACAUGAUGACGCGGCGUCCACUGCUGCCCGUGACACCCUGCACCGCACGCUCUACCUGCGCAGAGAGUACGCCCUCGUCGUGCAGUGCGGAGAAUUCGACGACGUUCUGCUGGUGCCGCCCCAGGGCGACUGCUGGGGGCAAAGCAGCUGGUGGCGCGGUUUGGUUUUCGUGCGCAACUUCCCGUCGCCGUGGUACCGUGGGGCCUUCACGUUCUUUGUGCGACUGCCGCCGAAAUACCCCUUCGAAUGCCCGACGGUCUGUAUGGAGGCACCUCUUAAGAGCCACCCUCUGCUGCAGGAGGACGGCGAUGGAAGGAAAUGCGUCAUUCCCUUCGACGACGUCUACGUGGGGCUCGACCCGAUGCGCGUGUCGGUGAUGGCGCGGCUGUUGCACCACGUGCGUGCUAUGUUUUACCCCACCGAUUGGCCAGCGGUGGUGCCCGUGAACAGAGCGCUCGCCCGCUACGACGUGGAGCGGCGAAGUGUCACCCAGGAGGUGGUGCUUGGGAAGCCGUACGUGGACUACUUGUCGCGGGAAGCGGUGGCGUUUUUCACGGGGACGAAGUACUUCGACGAUACCGGCGAGACUCGCACAGAUGCGGAAGCGGUGACAUCGCAGAAGAACAAUGAAAAGGCAUUCUCGCUCUGGCUUGGUCGUUCGUGGCUCCCCGCGGUGCGGCUUCUACAGUGA